CCCUGUAGUGACUGUCAUACAGCCUGCACUCUGCUCUGCACACACACACACUCGUUAGUCUUGUUUCUGUCCUGAGUCAGUUUAUUCUUCUGCGCUUCCUGCUGUGUUAGCCGAGCUGAAGUGCAAUCAUGGCUGGAAUAGAAAAUCAAGACAGACGAAUGGCUUUGGAUAGGCUGCCAAGCAACAUCUCUAUGGCCUCUGUAAGCUCAGAAAUGCUACAGACCACAAGCACCGCCAACUGCGAGAUGGCCAUCUUGCCGCUGAGACUCCUGCUGGAGUUGCAGCCCCAGUACCUAAAGCUGGAGGACGAUACACUGAUCUCAGUCAAUCAAAAUGGAGGCUACAACAUAAUUAGUGACGAAUCAGUCAGUGUAGACGGUCGGCCGUGCAAAAUAUUCAACUAUAUCCAGAGGAAAGUAAAGCUUGAGAGCCACCAUGACUAUAAAGACUAUCGGGAAACAAUCCUUGCAAAACCAAUGCUGUUCAUAAUCAACACACGAAAGGUCAACACUGAUUCUGAAAGAACAUUUGCCUUUAUUGUAAAUACCCGCCAUCCACAAAUGAGAGCUCAAUUGGAAGGUGGCAUGAAUGAUGUAAUAUCUUCAGUCAUGGGAGAGAACUACCAACUACAGUUUGAAUUCCAAAAAGUUGUUCAAGACUAUCUCUUAAAAGAACGGUUCGAAUUGUUGGAUGACAACUUGAGUUUUUUGUAUGCAUUCAAAGUAGAUGUUUUUAUAGAUAUUUUUCACCUACUGGGCCUCAGCAAGAAAACAUGCCAAGUGAAUGGGAACAUUCUCAACUUGUACUGUAGAGCACCUGCAAAAAAAGAGAAAGUUAAAAUGUUCCUUUCCAAAAUGUCCAACCCUCUGAUCCGAAUGGGAAGCAGUGCUGAUCGCAGACUCAGUGUAUUUUCUCUAGAUGUCAUCACUGAAGAUCCAUUUAGCUCAAAUGAUGGACAGUUGGAAGAGCCAACAACACCUUUAACUACAUAAAUUAACAUAUUUGUUUGUAUACAUUUAUUUCAACAGCUGCUCUUAUAUAUGUUGGGGUACAGUUGGAAUAGCCAUAAUUUAACAACAAAAAGCACUUUUUUUUUACAAUGAACAAAAUUUCGUAGAACAAAAACAGUAUAUAGUUUUAACAUCACUAACGUCAUAAACAAUACAGACAAUUUUUAAAAAUCAGAUAAAGGCAUGUUUUGUUAUUUAAGUUCUGCGCUUCAGCAUUCUAUUUCUAUUUACCUGUGUACUAUUUGUUUUAUGUCUCGUGAUGAACUGGAUAACAGCACACUGCUGCCCAAAACCAGUUGACUGACUGACCACUUUUGGUCAUUUAACUGAGAGGGCCUAC